AAACUUGACUAUUCCAUCUCUCCAGGUCAUGCUGCUAAUGAAUGAGGCAUAUCCCUGGGCCACCUAGGCCACCUUAAAUGUAGGUAGAUAUCCUACCGGCAAAGGUAUCUAUUUUUUUUUUUUUUUUUUUUUUUGGCUUAUCUACCCCUACAGAUUAAAUUUGUUCCCAGCGGUCUGUGUGUUAUGCAUGGUUCCUAUGUAGGGCAGGAUCUGCUUUCCCAUAGGAUGCACAAGUAUUUCCUGCACAUAUAUGUGUGUGGAGGACACUGAUGAUUUUCCUUCCUCUCCCCAGUGGAGACAAGAUCUUUUAUAUAACCUAGGCUGGACUAAAGCAUUUGGUCAUCCGCUUCAGCCUCCUAAAUACUGGGAUUAUAGUUAAUGUGUCUCGUUGCCUGUCGUGUUUCUUAGGUUUGUUACUGUUUCUAUGAUUAGUGCUAAUGGAAUAGAAGUUGCUGUUGUCUUUCACAGAGCUCUUUGUGUGGGUGAGAUCUGAAAUGUGCUCUUGGGAGCAGCUUCCUCAGUGACAUUGUAGCAGGCAGGUGGGAAGAAUGUAAGAGAUUGUCCUACCACUGGUCUUUCAGUAGUUGUUUGCAUGGGCUUGCCUGUGCCUAGGAUGAUGGAGUCCUCUAGCCAUCGCUGUCUCACUGGGGACAUAUGUACAGGGAUGACUGAGGAGCCAGGGCACAUAGCUAAUGGCAGGGCCAUUCAUCCAUUGACUGAAGCACAUCCUCCCUUGCCUACAGGGUCCAAGUAUCCAGCAACUGGAUUUGCUUACAGCAAAUGCUCAAGCUCUGGUCAUUUCUACUUAGAAAGUUCUCUCCUCAUCUCCCUGCCUCCUUGUUUUGAGUCAGGGUCUCAUGUAGCCCAGGUCAUUCUCAAACUUGCCAAAAGCUGACUAUGACUCUGAACUCUUGGUCUUCCUACCGUAGCUGCUCACGUUCUGAGAUUAGAAGCGUGCACCACACCACUCCUGGUUUACACGAUGUUGAGUAUUGAGCCCAGGUUUUUGUGCAUGUUAAGAAAUUACAACAGAACUUUCUCCCCAGCCUUCCCUUCUUUUCUAUAGAUGUUUAUCCAGGACUACUCAGCAGUGUACUUUCUACACUGUGAAGCAGACGAAAACACCUGCUGGUGGUUGCUUAUUAUCUAGCAGGGAGACAGACAAAAAUACAGCAACAAAUCAAUAAGUAAAGUAGUGGUUUACAAAGUUAAAUGCUAAGGAAAAUAACAGAGCAGAGGAAGUGAGUGGGAAGAGCCACGAGUGCAGGGUAGUGAGCAGAUGGAGCUGGUCUGAGAAGGUUGAUCCACACUAGAGCCCAUACAGGGUAAACCCUGGGUUUGAUUUCCAGCGUUGCAAAAGAAGAAGAUACAUAAGAACAAAGAUUGGGAUUUGGUGAGGAGCCAGGUGGGUCCUAGGCAGACUGAGAAGCCAAUAUCAAGGCCCCAGGGAUAUGGUAUUUGGUAUGUGUGUUGAGUAUCCAGGUGGUGAUUGGCCCAGGGUGAGGCCAGCAGGCUGCAGCCAGAGAGACUGGGGGGAGGACCAUCAGUGCAGAUCACUGAGGAUCUUGAGGACCCUGUGAGGACUUGGGUUUAGACUUUAGUCACUGGGUUUUGUUUAGAAAAAUAGCACACAUUGACUUGAGUUUUAAAAGCAGAGUUAGAGAUGCGCUUAAGCCCUGAUUUCAACCCCCAACACAAGAUUCAGAAAACUGGGUGUGGUGGCACAUGCCAGUAAACCCAGCACUUGGAAAGGUGAAAAAGAGUAUCAGAUGGUCAAGGACCCCCUCAACUCCGUAGCUAGUUCUAGGCCAGGAUGAGGUACCGAAAUCUAAGGGGUAUGGAGGGCCAUUUCCCUGCAAACUUUUUCCAGAGCCUUCUCUUUGGCACUUCCUCUCAGAAACUCUCAGAGCUUUUCUCCAGCUCAGGAACCCAGAUGCCCUCCUGACUUCCCCAGGGUAGGGAAGCCUGGUGUCGCCUUCAGAGUUCUUUUUAGUUAGUGAGCCUUGUGGGGCCCGAUUUCCAGGUGUGGUGUUUGUAGAGCACAUUUUAGGAAUUUAAAAAUACAUCUGACUUUAAUCCUAUGUGUUCUAUAAGACUGACUUAUUGGAUAGCCAGCAACCUCUACUCUCCUAGAAGAAACCAAUUAGGUGUGUGAUUUUCUGUAUGCUUCCUUUUGUUUACACAGAAAUAAUCAAGCAUAAUUUCUCUCAUCAUUUCUGCCCUUUCCCAAGUCUACUUCCCAGGGGUUCAGACACAUUUUUAAAACAAAUCACACGGUGGAUAUAUCCCUCAAUUUUUUGCCUUUUCAUUUUAUCUGCCCUGGGUGUUUCCCCUCUAGACAACUGAUGCCAUUGUUCUUUGUGACAAGAAUUAUGUUACCCAGCUUAGGGACAUCCAGGUGGUUUCCAGGAACUUGCACAACAGACUUGUCCCGCAAGGGACGGCGUCAGCUUGCAACAGGGACCAUUUGGGCCAAUGAAAAAUACAACCAAAAUAUAACCUGUCUGAAGAUGUUGCUGCAGGCGGAAUCCUGUUGCACCUGGUGUGCGUUGCUAAGAUUGUGGUCCAGUGCGGCCGGCAGGGGUCGCACCAAACCAGACGCGUCCUGGGGAACUCGAGGAUGAGGAAGCCCAUGGUGCCUGGUGUGGUGGAACCGACCCCUUAGUGUUCCAGAAACCUGACCCAGCCUGGGUCAGGCCCACGGAUUUGGUGUCAACUGGCCUCCUGCCCCAGUGACCUGGGAUUGCCAGGAAGCACUGCUCCCCCUCCUCCCCCGCAGACAGAACCUCCGCGCACCAACGGGAUUAGGUCCUCCUAUUCUUUUACAAAUCCCAGGAGGCCACUACUUUCAAAGGACUGGAACCCUGAACACCUGGCCCAUUCUUCUGCUUUUGAUAGUGUUCUCUCUGCCUUCUAUCCUGUUCUUUUAGGAAUCUUCCUGCCUUUGGUUCACCAGGGUCCCAUUUUGCUCCCCUAUUGCUGUGAUAAAACCAAAACCAGCCUGAGAGAGGAAAAGGUUUAUGUCAUUUUAUAGCAAACACUGUAUCACCAAGGACAGCCAAGGCAGGGACUGGACUGAAGCAGAAGGCUGCUUCCUGGUUUUCUUCCACAGGCCUGCCAGCCUACGGAUGGCACAGAGGGCUGAGCCCACCACCAGCAGUGAGCAAUAAGUUUUUAGACUUGUAUCGCUGAGACAUUUCAUUGCUGGAGGUUUCCUCUUCUAGCUUGUGUCAAGUUGAUGAAAAUUAGCCAGCACACAUGGUGAGAAAGACAAAAAUAACCAUAUCAGAGGCAAGGGCCAGGCUGGGGAAGAAUGACUGACCUGGCUCUGAGGGGAGCCAGAGCUGUAAUCCGGGCAGGGGCAGUCAGUAGAACUUGGGGACCAGAGGACGAAUCCAGGUCAAAGGAAGAGAUGAGUCUCAGGAGGAGUUCCUAUGCGGAGGCUGUCAGCUCUGAGUCAUACCCCCACGAAGGGACUGUCCUGAGAGGAGGGUGUCUGGCUGCCACAUUCCUUUUUGACCCUGUGGGCUUAACUGGGGAGACUCUGCCUAGUGCUUCCUGUCGGUCUUGCAGAGAGAGAAAGAUUCAGACUCCUGGUCUCUUCCACGUCUCUUGGUUGCAAGAUCCACCUUCCAUCCUUAGGGAGAUGGCGACACUAAUACCGCUAAUCCCACCAGCUCACAGUGCCAGAUCCUGCUCGCCUGUCUGCUUUCUCCGGAUAGGGUUGCAGCUUUAAACUAGCAAGAAGGCUUCAAAUUUGAAAGCUGGGUGGAGUGCUGGCCCAGCGUCUUCCUGGCUGCAUAGCCCUUGGCGUGCUCUCCAUUCCUGGACUUUCCUGUCUGGAUAAAAGGGCAUCUACAAACGACUCUGCAAGCUUGGAAAGGGAGCCUCGGUCUCAGCAACAGCAGCUCCUACCCACCCUCCAAGCCAGAGAGAGGCCUUUGCUUCCUCAAAGCAGAAGCCUGGAUGCUUCUAUUAAAGCAGAAUGGCAAGUUUGCUUUGUAGAAAAGGACUUGGAUAACAAAGGUAUCAACAACGACCUCCCAAAUGGCCCCCUGGAGAGGCCUGUCUUUAAGCACAAGCAGAGUUUAAAAAUCUGCUCUAGAAAAAGAGGAAAUGAUGUCAUCUUUAUGGCCAUGAACACUGUGGUAACCACCCCUCCACUAAAUUUCAUUUUGUUCUCCACCUUGAAUCCAGAUCAGAUAGGAGAGAAGACUUUUCCUCCCCAAGGCACUUUAAACAGUGAUACCUUGGUCUUCCAGGUGCCCUGAAAUGAGGAAGGUUGCCUGGCAAGGCAGAUACAGUGUGGCAGCUGGGGUCCCAGAAGCUUUUGAAAGUUUCAUAGGCCUCUGUUUGACAUUGGCUCAAAAGACACGGAAUUAGUAGGCAAAAGUUCUUCUUCCCCACCCCCUCUUAUCUGCAGGGGAGGGAUCAGUUCUCAGCUGGCCAGGCCAGUGUCACUGAUACAGCUGGUGUCAUUGUUACCUUCCACUAACAGAUCACUCAACACCUACUGACCCAGGUGGAUUUGGGUCUGAGCAGAGGUUUGGACCCUUAUUGUCGCAGAACCCCAGCUGAAGCCACAACACAAGGCACUGCUGAAAUGCAGUGAUCUGUGAUAAGUGAUCUUAGUAGGACCCCAGGACUAGAAGACUCUCCACUUCUGCUUCCCCUCAGAGCUCCUUGGUUCUUGUUGCUUUGGCUGAAUAAUGUCCUGGCCGAUAUGAAUUCAUCACUGGCUGGAAGCUGAGACAGAACAAAGAUGCUAUACAAGGAAAGGACAUCUGGGGUAGCUCCAAAGUGAGGAGCUAGGGCAGCACUGGCUCGAGGCAUUGGCCUGGCCCAGGGACCUGCCUAGCCUUGGAGUUCUGACUGGCUGUACUCCGGUGUGUGCUCCCCACAGCACCAUGCUACAGCAGAUCCUGCAAGACAUGUACAUCGACCCAGAGCUUCUGGCUGAGCUCAGCGAUGUGCAAAAGCACAUCCUCUUCUAUAAGAUGCGAGAAGAACAGCUUCGGCGGUGGAGGGAACGGGAGGCGUGGGACACCCUGGCUCAGGCAGAGGGCCUCAGGCCGGCAAAGAUCAAGAGAGCGGGCAACAAGCAUAUCCAGUGGCUGCAGGGAGCAGAUGGCGAGGUCUGGGUGUGGGUCAUGGGCGAAGGCCCUGGAGACAAGCCCUACGAAGAGAUAUCUGAGGAACUGAUUGCAGAGAGGGCACGGCUGCAAGCACAGAAAGAGGCUGAAGAGCUCUGGAGACAGAAGGAAGCAGAGAUCACCAAGAAGUUCCGGGAUGCCUUGGCCAAUGAGAAAGCUCGAAUUCUGGCAGAGAAGUGGAAAGUGGAGAUGGAGGACCGCAAGGCUGCUAAAAUCUUGGAGGAGCGUAUCCAUGAGGAGUUCAAGAAGAAGGAGGAAGAAGAGAGGAGGAGAGGGGAAGAACAGAUUCGACUUCAAGAGGAGCAGAGGGCAAAGGAGCUCUAUUGGACCCUGAAGCAGGCCCAGCUGCACUGCCAAGCCAGUGAGAAGGAGGAGCGUGAAUGGGAGGAGCAGUUACGUAGAUCCAAGGCUGCUGAUGAGGAGAGGAGCCGUGGUGCUCAGCGAGCCCGGGAUGAGUACCGGCGCCACUCACUCCGAGCCAUCCAGAAGGGCACUGUGGCUGGUCUAAGCACCAUGUUCCAAGAACUUGGCCAGAACCAUGAGCAGGAGGCAAGACUUUGUCACCAACUUCCUGGUAGCAGUCCAUCAUCACCCCUCACGGGACCUGACAGGAACUGGGAGCGACCUCUGCGGCCACUCUCCAGAGAAGUCAUUGUGCGCUGGUUCAAGGAGGAACAGCUGCCUCGCCGAGCUGGCUUUGAGAGGAACACCAAGUCCAUCGCCCCCUGGUUUCAUGGAAUUAUUAGCCGAGAGAAUGCAGAAGACCUUCUGGAGAAUAUGACUGAGGGAGCAUUUCUGGUCCGGGUCAGUGAGAAGAUCUGGGGUUAUACCCUGUCCUACCGCCUGCAGAGAGGCUUCAAACACUUCCUUGUGGAUGCCUCUGGGGACUUCUACAGCUUUCUGGGAGUGGACCCUAAUCGCCAUGCCACCUUAACAGAUCUCAUUGAUUUCCACAAGGAGGAAAUUAUCACCGUUUCAGGGGGAGAGUUGCUACAGGAACCCUGCGGACAGAGGGAUAGCCCACCAGACUACCACCUGUUGUUUGAAUGAUUUUUUUUCCCUUCUCUUUGGACUCCUUUGAGUAUCAUGAUUUUAAACUGGGAUUAAGAAUGUUCCAACUCAAAGCCUCAUGGCAUUCUGGAAGAUCCACCAUUCUUCGGAUGAACAGUUGUAUUAGUAACCCUCCAGAAUGUGACCUAUGAAAUGUGACUGCAUUUGUGAGACUGGUCCCAUUCCAAAGCUCAAGACGGAAACCACAAAUAAUGAUGCUCCUGGAGACCUGUCUGUCAUGGUUGUGCUAAGCUGAACUAGAGUGAAUGUAUCAUGUUUUAGUAACACAAAGCAAUUCCAGUGCCGAACCUUCCUCUUAAUAUAGGGCCAGCACUCAGUAAGUAUUUGUUGAACGAAUGCCCUCCUGAAAAACUCUCAACACUGAUGGUUUCUAUCAAAUUAUUUUGUAUAUCACUUCAUAAAGUCACAGAGAUAACAGAAGCAGGCUUGUGAUUAACUUACAUGGAAGACACACAUGUUAAAUCUUUCCUAGUGUUCAUGGACUUGUUAUUAUCAUGGGCAUUGCCCAAGGUUGCUUGACUUUCAGAAUGGGAGAAUGAUGUUGUGCUAGCUGCUUUGUUUAACUACUUCUACCCUCUUCUGUCUCAUUUGGCUCUGGUUUUGCUAAUUGAGGUAAUGAUGUCAUAUGAAUGUGCAGAAUAUCUGGAAUGGAUUGUAAACUCAAGGAUGGUGUUUAGAAUCUUGAUGAGGUAGGUCUUUGCUCUCUAGAAUGUUCUCUUGCCACACCAACUCCAGUGUCGUCUGUGUGACAUGACAGUAUGUCAUUAAGGUGGACAGGAGAAAAAUGCCCCUCGGGGCUAGGCUCCCUGGAGGUCUCUGACAGUGUGCCCACCUCUGGCCUUGAAAAGGGCCUUGAUGUUCUUCAAGGAUACUGCACUUCCUGGGUUAUGGGUUUUGCACUGUGUCUUUCUUCUUCCUAUUCUUAAUUCUUUAUACAGCAUGAUCCCAGCCUACAAGCUUGUUAAUUGAUAAAGGAGAACUUGGUAUUCUGGUGGAAAGAAAAGAGGAUGUGGUGAUUACGCCUACUGCUUCCAGUCCUAAACUCAAUGAACUCAUGUUGAACCUUAGUGAAACAAAGUCUUGGAAUGUUUUCAACAGGGUUCGUCUUUAUCACUAGCCUUAGCAAAGCUAAUGCACAAAGAACAGAGACAUUAGGGAAUGUUAUAAAUAGUUUGUAGCAGGAAGAAUACAGUAUGAAAAAGUAUAGGACUACUGAUGAGCUAUUGCUUUAUGCAGGUACUUAUGAUAAGAAGGUAAUAGAUGGAUAAAAGCAUUGAAGGGUAGAAGGUCCUAUAAUAUUCUUUAGAUUAUAGACAUAGAUUAGCUUGAGUCAGGCCACCUUGGUGUUUGCUGUCCAGGGCAGUAUAGAGGGCUCUUGUAAUGAAUAUGUGCUCAUUCUUAAAGCAUUUUGACUUUUGAUGGCAGAAGAAGGCUUGUGGCGUACAAAUUCAUAUGAAGGCCCAGGUUCUCCUAUUGAGUAUUAAACCACAAGUUAGACUCGAACACCAUGUGUCUGAGGUUCAUGAACAGAGUUUGCUUUUGAUCACAGUUCAUAGAGCAACAGUUCCUGUGGGCAUCAUGUCAUGUCUACUUGCUGUUCUAAUUAAGAUGGAAAUGUACCUUGUUUAGCAAUUGUUUGAGUGUUUCUGGAGGUGUGCCAACCUCGAUCUGUUCCUCAAUGCACUAUAAAUAUGCCUGACUAAAAAGUAAAGUUGCAGCAAAUCCAAACCACUCUUUGGUGUGUCUGUCAUUACCUCACUAUACCUAUGCCUUCCUGAAUACCAAAGCCCUGGUUUUCCCUCGGUCAUAACUCCCCCAGCUGGGCCAGUCUGUGGCAUUCUCUGUGUGCUUUCUACUUAAAGGCUUAGCUAUGUUUUCAUUUUAAUUCUUCUACUUCCUUAAUUUGAACAUGAUCUUCAUAUUAAUGAGAAUAACCUCCCAAUAACUCAGUUACUCUCAAGGAUAGGUCUACCUUAGGGUUUUAUUGCUGCAGAGCGAUACCAUGAACACAGCAACUCAUAAAAUAAAAUAUUUAAUUGAGGCUGGCUUAUGGUUUCAGAGGUUCAGUCAACUGUCACUAUGAUGGGAAGCAUGGCAUCUUGUAAGCAGGCAUGGUUCAGGAGAAGGAGAUAAGAGUUCUAUAUCUUCAUCUGAAGGCAACUGGGAGAGAGACUGUCUUCUAGGCAGCUCGGAGGAGGUUCUGAAUGUCUACCCUUAGAGUGAGACACUUCCUUUCAACAAGGCCAUACCUCCUAAUAAUGGACCAAGCAUAUUAAAACCACCACAGUGUCUAAUGUGAGCAUAAUCAUGUUCCCUUACGGCAAUAAACAAGGAGAUAGCAGAUGUCACAGAAAGAUUACAGGUUCUGAAAUGUGGAAGGCUUCAGUUCCAAUCCACACUCUAAAACUUUGUGACAUUAUAAUCCUUCAGCACUGGGUUUGGCAUAUAUAAAAGAAUAGAUGGAUUCUGGAAACACUAGGAAACCAUUUUAUCUGCCUCGAGAGUUGUGUUGUAAGGAGAAUAUGGCAUCUUUAUUCUCCACUCAACCUCUUGGCUCUUCUGUUUCUUACAUUGUUGGCCGCUUAUGCCACCAUCCACCCUCAUGGCUAUUGCUACAGCCAGUUUUGUGUGAAUGACUCUGGGGUUGUGCAUUGACCAUAUUCUUGUGUACAUAUGACAAUGGUGCUUUGCCACACAUGAAUCUUUGGGGGUGUUUAUUUAAUUUUAUCCUUUAAACUUUUUUCUUUAUUCUUGAGAAUUUUUACAUCUAUACAAUGAAAAAUGAUAAUAUUUACUGUUCUCCUUUCCCGUCCUAUUCCCCAGAUCUACCCCAACAUACUCUCAACACCAUGUAUUCAUAAAAAAAUAACUCAAAGGUACAAUUAGUGCUGCCAUAUGAGCGUGAGUAUGGCCUUUCUCUGCACCAUAGAAAUCUUACUAGGGGCUACAGCUCCAAAGGAGAGUGACUCUGUCUUCCCCAGAAACUACCAACUACCAGUAGCUCUUCAGUAAGGGGUAGGACCAGGAAGCAUCUUUUAUAGUUAGUUUCUUCUGUUAGAGUCCUAACAAGACUUACCUAUAGCAUCUGGUAUGCUCUUAAGUCACUGAUAACACCCCUCCUCCUUUACUCGGCCCCGACUGGUUGUAUAAAUUAGAGCUCUGUAAGAUGACCUGUGUUCUAGACUUGCUUUAUUGUUUCCUGUUGUUAUUUCUGUAUUGGCUCCAUUUCAAAUUUCCUGGCUUGAUUGAAAUUCAUUUUGGGGGCAAGAAAAUGUUCUUGGUACAUCAUAUCACAAGGAUCCUUGUAACACAUUGGCCCAAGUUUUCUAGACUUGUCAGUGGGCUCAGAAUAUCUCAACCUGAGUACCCCAGUUGUUGUACUUUCACCCUUGUCUUUUGUUCUUGCCUUUUGAGCCUUAAACUCACUAUGUUGAACUUUGAUCGCCCUGUCUCCACUUCCCAUGUUCUGCGAUUAUAUGUGAGUACCACUAUGCUUGGCUCUCCUUUUGGUCCCCCUCCCACUUUUACCAUAUAUUUAAUCCCCUGUUGCUACAGUGAUCAAUGCUCAUGUAGGUCAAUCACUUCUUCCUUCAUCCUCCUGGAUGAAAGACAGCUCUUGAUGUGGCCUCUUAGAAGACAGUCAUGCAAGACGGCAUACCCAGAUCCACCGACACCCCUGUUGCCACUCACUCUCUGUCUUUUCCCUCUCCGGGAAGUUCUUCUGGGAGACUAUUCUAGAGCUUAGUGGCUGUCUUAUUUAGUCUUUACCUCUUGGGAACUCAAAGUAAGUGCCUUCUAUACAAAUACGUAUUCUGACAUGUUGUAACUCGAGUCAGUCUUUUCAUGUAUCUCGUAAACCAUUAGCUUAGGUUUGGUUCUGAAUUCAUGCUCUUCUCGUGUUUCCUGAAUGCGAGGAUGACAGGUGUAUGUCAUCCCAACUUGCCCCAAUACAUUAAAUAAUAACAGUUUUAUGUAUCAGUUCCAUAGCUUCCCUCCAUUAGCCAGCAUCACUGCAUGAAUGAAGUGAUGUGAUGAUGUGGGGAUUCUGCUUUCUGAACUCUGAACUCUCAAGCCAUAGCCAAAUUCCAUUCUAAUUACAUCAAUUCUACCAGGGCUUAGAAGACCCACUCUUAUUCUGAUUUUGCUCUAUAUCCACCAUGUGAAUUUGUUUAGGCUCCUCAAUCUCACUAAACCUCUGUAUAACUGGGAAUAGGAUUUUUUUUAAAAAUAUGGUUAUCAUUAGCGUCUUCUGGCUGUGUCAAUUAAGUAACAAAUAGGGAAUCUCUGUCCAAAUGAAAGACCUUGCUAUCCACAGCCACACAGUGGCAGCUUUCUGCCAAGCAGUGCUGUGUCAGGGGAUUCCACAAGAUGAUUUCCCACACACUGGAAGAAAGUUCCAAACAACAGCUUUGACAGGAGUCCAGGAUGGGUUGAAAAACCUGACAUCCUGGAUGGUGGUUCCUGUUGCCUGCUAAUUAAUAUGUGAGACAUAACAGCUGAGUUUUCUAUCCCUAACUGAUUUAUUUCAUUUUAUUUGGGGCCUGCACUUUCUGAACGUCUCAUAUAUUUUAAGUUUUACCUGGCUUUCAAAUAAAUUCCUUGUAAGUUGUCCUGCAAAUGAAAUUACUGUCUGGAA